AUGGCAAACGACCACUCGAUCUUCGUCUUUGAUAGAGACUGGUGCUCCAACACUGCGCUGGUGAUACAGUGCCAGAUUCUCGUGGAGAAGAGACUUCAGGAGGGCCAUUCUAUAAUAGAGCAACUUCGUGCAGCCGAAGGGCUUCGUGAUGGUCUUAACCGUGAGACCAUCGCGUGGUACUGGGCUAAGUGCUUGGUAAUCACCAUCCAAACUGAACGGGAUACCAUGCAAUUUGAGGGAGCACACUUCUGGACAGGAGUGGCGACCAACUUUAGAACUCCAGUAGACAAGGCAGCCGGUGGAACCCAGCCCCAAGCAAUCAUUGCAACGUACACCUUGACCACUCACUCUGACAUAACGGCAAGAACUCAGGAGACUUGCAGCCCCGUACAAAUGGCAGUAGAGCGUGCACCACAAGAGUAA